GCAACGUGGGGGACCCCGGGGCCCUCUGAGCGAGGAGGCAUUAGGGUGCCAGGCCCGGGGGGGGCUGGCAGCUGCCCCAGCACCCAAAGGCUUUCCUGCCGUUUCCCCUGGGUGGGGGAACCCCCCCUUCUAUGCCCAGCUUGCAUUUCUAUUCCCAAUGGUUCUGGAGGGGGGUGUCCUUUCUUUUUCUCCCCCUUUGCUUUGGGUGGGGCAGAAAAGAGAAGUUACUUUUCUCUCUCUCUCUCUCGCCCUCCUCUCCGUUAUUUACUUUUAUUAGUUGGCUAUUAACCUCUUCCCGGAGCCUGGCAGGAGUUGGCACCAGAGCCCCAUAUGUUGUGGGGCAAGAGGGAGGGAGGGCUGGCCACGUCUGCCUGUGUACACACAACACACACACACACACACAGAGCUCGGCCUCUGGAUCCAGAGGUGAGAGGGUGCCCGACCCGCCAAGGCAGUUCUUCCCGUUUAUUAGUUGCGUUUAUCCCCUGCCUCCUGGAGCUGAAGGUGCUUCUUCAACGCACACAACAACCCUGCGAGGCCGAGAGGCAGAGGCCAACCUGCUCUCUCCAAGGCCCUCAUCCCAAUUCCAUUCACACAACAGCCCUGCAAGGCGGGUGCAGCACCCCAGGCUCACCCCCCCCCAGUCUUUGGGCGGUAAUCGAACCCAGGUCUGAACUCUAACCACUAUGCCUGCUUUUCUCAACUCACUUCCAGACACAAAGCCCCCCCCCCGGAUUAUUUUCCAGCGCUGCACUGAGGGGGAGGGGGGACAGAACGAAAACGGCCCAUUUAUAAGGAAGCGGUGACUCUCCUCCCCAUCUUUGCGUGAAAACAGGAAGUCAUCUGCCGGGUGACAUUUGGAAGAGGGUGUAAAUAACUUUCUCUGCUCUGCACCCACCAUCCCUCUGGACAGCUCUGGUUCCACUCUGGCAGCCCCCCCCCCCCGAGACGGCCCAGGAUGGAGGGUCCUGCCCUGACAUGCAACAGGACGCAACGCCGCUCCCUGCGGUGAUGGCCCUGCAGAGCUGCUGGCCCCCCUUGAACUUCUUAGAAAGGAGGGGGAGAUGGCAGGUCUCUGUGCCCCCCAGGCUUUCCUGCCCCACUGAAACUCCAGCCAGGGCAGAGAAAAUCCCCCAUCGGGCUUCUAUAGGGCAGGGAGGGAGGUGUGUGUUGGGUUUAUAAGGGGGAACCCUGCCCCACCUCUGCUUACAAACCUCCAGUGAAGGAGAGCCCAGGCAGUAGAGCACGAGACUCUCUGUCUCAGGGUUGUGAGUUCGAGUUCCACGUUGGGCAAGGGAUUCCUGCAUUGCACGGGGUGAGGCCGGAUGACCCCACAGGGUCUCUUCCAGCUCUAGAUUCCGAGGUAGAAACACGGGCCUUUUCUGAUCUUGGGAGGAGACGGUUCAGGGGAGGGGUCCCGAGAGCCUGUUCCCCACCCCCUUUCUCUCCCCCUUUGGGGCAAGAGCCCCCUCCCAAGGAGAACAGGAUAUUGGGAAUAAGUGCACCGUGUUCUGAAAUUCUCCUGCAUCACCACCCAGUUCCUUUUAAGGGCUCAGAGGCAAGGAUUGGGGGGCAAGGAAAGAGAUGGCUGGUUUAUUAUGAUUAUUAUUACCGUACUUUUUCAGAUGGGGCUUAUGGGGGCUUCCAACCCUGCGAUUUGUGAGCUCAGUGGCACCUGCUCCAGGGUUUUCAAGAAGUCCAGCCCCAAUUGCAAACUCACCGUCUACCUGGGCAAGAGGGACUUUGUGGACCACCUGGACAGAGUGGACCCCGUAGAUGGUGUCGUUCUGGUGGACCCCGAAUACCUCAAGGACCGGAAGGUCUUUGUGACGCUGACCUGCGCUUUCCGCUACGGCCGCGAGGACCUGGACGUGCUGGGCCUCUCCUUCCGCAAGGACCUCUUCCUGGCCUCGUGGCAGGCCUUCCCGCCCCCCGAGGAGACUGCCGAGCCCCUCACCCGCCUGCAGGAGCGGCUGCUGCGGAAACUGGGGGCCAACGCCCACCCCUUCAGCUUCAUAAUCCCACAGAACCUGCCCUGCUCUGUGACGCUGCAGCCGGGUCCAGAGGACACAGGAAAAGCUUGCGGUGUCGAUUUUGAGAUCCGGGCUUUUUGUGCCAAAAUUCAAGAUGAGAAGAUUCACAAAAGGAAUUCCGUCCGCCUGGUCAUCCGGAAAGUUCAAUAUGCCCCGGAGAAGCCCGGCCCCCAGCCCAUGGCCGAGACCACCCGCCACUUCCUGAUGUCCGACCGCUCCUUGCACCUCGAGGCUUCGCUCGACAAGGAGCUUUAUUACCACGGGGAGCCCAUCAGCGUCAACGUUCACGUCACAAACAACUCCAGCAAAAGUGUCAAGAAAGUCAAGGUGUCCGUGCGGCAAUAUGCAGACAUCUGCCUCUUCAGCACAGCCCAGUACAAGUGCCCCGUGGCCCAAAUCGAACAGGACGACCAAGUGGCCCCCAGCUCCACCUUCUGCAAGGUCUACACCCUCACGCCCCUGCUCAGCAACAACCGGGAGAAGAGGGGCCUGGCGUUGGACGGGAAGCUCAAGCACGAAGACACCAACCUGGCCUCUUCCACCAUCGUGAAGGAGGGUGCCAACAAGGAGGUCCUGGGCAUCCUGGUCUCCUACCGGGUCAAGGUCAAGUUGGUGGUGUCCCGGGGAGGGGAUGUUUCCGUGGAGCUGCCUUUCGUCCUCAUGCACCCUAAGCCACCCGACCAGGCCUCGCCCAAGUUGCAGCCUCAGCUGGCCGCCCCCGAGACGGACGCCCCGGUCGACACCAACCUCAUUGAGUUCGAAACGAACUACGGGCAGGACGAUGACAUUGUAUUCGAAGACUUUGCCCGCCUGCGCCUGAAGGGGCUGAAGGACGACAAGGAAGACGACGACCAUUUUUGCUAGGGAGGGAGAAACGCCCCCCCCUCGCCACCACAGGUCCAGCCAAGUUUGGGGGGGGGGAGCGGAGAGAGAGGAAAGAGCUGAGAAAUGCCCCCCCCCCCGUAUGGAUGUCGCCUCAUCCUCUACUCCCCCCUCCUUUCUUAUAGGAGCCAUCACCCCCCCCCUUUGCCUUGUGUCUUCAUGCUGUAUGGGGGGGGGGCUUUUAAUGUGACUAAAAACGGAGGGGGGAAGGGGCCACCGCUUCACCCCCCCCCAGCUUUUAAUCUUUACCUGCUGCUGCGUAUCUUCUCCACAGAUGGAUUUUAACGCCACCGUCCUCGUCCGUCCCCCUCUCCCAAAUUUUUGUCUAACGCACUGGAAUCAUAUAUUGGGCAUUAUCGUCUGACUGUCGUAUCCCCACCCCGAAAAAAGGACCACGUUGUGUGUGUCUAAUCUCUCUGGGCAACCCCCCCCACCUGCUCUUUAUAUAAAUGUUUUAUUUUUAAAUGCUAUUUUAACUGGUUAGGGAAAACAAUUGGUCAAUUGAACUCUCUCCUCUUUCCCUUAAAAAAAAAUCCAUUGGGGCUGGGAGGCAUCUUCUGUCUCCCCCCCCUCUCUUUUUCAACAAAGCCCCCCACCCACCCACAAGGAGAUAUGCCUCUGCUGGCCAUGGGGAGUGUGAGCUGAGCCCCACCCCCACUGCCUGGGAUUGGGGACCCCUCCCCGUGCCCCCAAAUGCAGAAGGGGGCAGGUGUGUGCCAAUGUCUCUGUGCUUUGUGCCCAGUCCCCCCACCUUUGCAGGGCUGCCCCUCUGUACAAACAGGUGCGGGGCAGGCAAUGCGUGUAAAAAGAAGUAAAAAAAGGCCAUUAUUAUUUCUUAUAUUGUCUGAGCAGAGAGCAAGAAAUGAAUUAAAAAGUGGUUAACAGAU